AAUGUGGUGAUGAUCAAAGCAGCUUCACUACCAAGUAAUAUAUAUUUGAUCAAAUUUAAUAUCAACCUAACCCUAACUACUUGGGGAUUUUAUUUUAUUUAUUUAUUUUUUUUUAAAGAGAGAGAGACGUGAGUGCUAGGUUUACACUUCUUGCAGUAAUGUUACUGCACAACAUGCACCUUUGAUAGUCAGAACUCUCUCGUACUCUUCAGAAGUCCAUUUUGAAUGCAACAUACCCCUAGGGAUUAAGGCUAGGUUAUGUGUGUGUAGCAGGGUGCAUGAGGAGGAUAGGAUUAAAGACUGAUGAAUAGAAAUAGAGGAGAGAGGGGUGAGGGAGCGCUCUGGGCAGAUUAGAGUAUAAAGACCAGGAGACACAACAAGCUGGCUGUCUGUUCGUAACACUGAGCAGGUGAGCAGGAGAUCAGGCGUGUUGGCGUUUCUGUAGUACGAACAUGUUGGGACAGACUUUUCCAUGAUACAGACCAGGACUAGCUGCAUAUUAGAGGUUUAUGUCGGGCUGUUUGUUUAUUUAUUUCCCAAUCCCUGGUUCUCUCAAUGGUCCCGACUAAUCCCACCCACUUCAGUAAAGGGUUUGAUCAGUCCUGCCCGCUACUUCCGAAUUUUUAACCAAUCCCAUCCAAACCUACAGAAAAUUUGACCAAUCCUGUCCACUGAUUUAACCCCUCCCACUCCUGCAGAAAGUUUGGUUUAUGUGGGACUGUUGUGUAUUUUUUUUUUUUUUUACAUUUUAUUUUAUAUUGUUAAUCCUAAUCUCUGCUACGUUCUCCCGCCCACUCCUGCAGAAGCUUUGAUCAGUCCCCUGCUCACACAUUAAUUAUUGUAUGCACCUACCUGGGUUGAUUUAUUCGUCAAAACACUUUUAAAACCAAUAUGACCCAUGAUCAUGUAUGUUGUUUUUUUUUUUACUUUAUAGUCUUUAUACCAUGACGGUUAUCUGUUUGAUCUGCAUUUUUCAGAGGAUGACUAAAAAACAAAAAAUGAUCGCGUUACCAUUUUGUUAUGGGUAGGGUUGGGUUUGUAUAGAUGGUGUGUAUAUAGAUACCUUUUGGAGAGCAGGCUAUCAGAGAAGGAGUGGGCGGAGAGAGCGAGAGGUAGUCAGACAGACAGACAGGCAGCUACAUGUCUCAGCUCAGCUAUGCGGGCAACUUUGUGGCCAGAGCCUCACGUGACCUCCCAACUCCAGUACUGCAGGAUUGCGCUCUCGGAGCGACUGCCCCGUCUGCUGUCCUGCUCGCCGAUUCAUCUAUUUGCCUAGAGGAUGAGGGAAUAAACAACAUGGAUGCACUCAACUGGACAUCCAACAUCACGCAUACAAAUGGCCAAACAAACACCAGCCGCUUUGCCAACUGGGUCACUUUUGAUGAUGAUGUUGAUGAUGAUGAUAAUGAUAACGAUGAUGACGAUGAUAAUUACGUGGAGGAGCAAGCCUACCAGCAUGCGGCCAAACCAUCCAACGUUAGGAUUGGUAACCUGAACAAUUUACGUUUACAGGACCCCAAUAGCAACUUGAUUGUGUCCUCCAUCCAAAACCAGAGUACGGAGAGGCACAUUCUGGAUUUAACCCCAGAUGGAACGGAUGCUGUGUUUGUCUUGGAAAGCAAGCUGUUAAACAGCAGCACUCCUUACUCCAAGAAGAAUCCCUUUCUGCACGAGGAUUUUUCAAACGUCCAGCCCUCUCCUAUUAACCCUUUCAGUGCCUAUUUCAAUAAGACUGCACUGACGUCAUCGGACAGCCGUGAAACCCAGGGGACACCUCCCGCCUUCUCGUUCGAUUCUCCUCUCCCUAAUCCUGACCCCCAAAGGGAUUCCUUCUUUUUCUUUUCCACUGCAGGGAAUUUAGAUCACGGGAGUGGGACUGGUCCCACAGGUUUCCCUUGCGAUGGCCUGGAUCAGUUCAAAAACAUGCAGAUCUCUGAUCCUGACCAGGAACCUUCUCUACCAGAUGACUCUCUGGACCAAGGGGACGACGCGGACGUCCCAUAUGAACCGGCUCACGUGGCUCCUCAAGACGGCUGGCCCAUGCUCCUGCGCAUUCCCGAGAAGAAGAACAUCAUGUCUUCUCGGCACUGGGGGCCGAUCUACGUGAGACUGAGCGACGCUGGUAAGCUGAGGCUCUACUAUGAGAAAGGCCUGGAGAAACACUUUAAGGAGUUUCAGCUCGGUGUCCAGCUCGAGAUCUCCGAACACAAAAUGCAACACUAUGAGGAGAACAGCCGUGUCCAUACUCUCAGCUUGGACCAAGUGGUAUACAAGGAGAAGCGCAAGAUCCAGCCAAAAGUCACCGUGGUUCACCUGCCUGUAAAGGAGCAACUGGUAAAGCUUGGGACCACGGACUACGGGGAUUUUCUAAGCUUCAGGUAUGCUUUGCAGGAAAAGCUGGCGGUGUUGUCUGCAGACGCGGAUGCCAUCAACUCCCCCGUGCCUUACUCCGAAGAGGAGAUCCAGGUCGAAGUUGUAGAUAGCUUUUACGGGGUCCUAUCAAAAGGAGACAACCGUAUCCUCCGACAGCUGGUAACGACGCGGGUUUCCGUGCUUGCCUUCUUAACGGGCUCACCCCCCUGCUGCAUAGGCCUCAACGAUGUCCAGGUGAAAGGUAAAGAGGUGGUGUCCCGGCAUGACAUCAUCCCCAACACUACCACACGCUGGAUCCGUCUACGCGACUGUCGACUGCACGGGUGCGCAGACGAACCAGAGUUUACACGGUCCAGGACGAUCUCCUUCGAGCCCCCAUCAGGACGGAGAUUUGAGCUUCUGCGUUUCCGGACAGCGUACGCAGAGAAGACUCUGCCCUUCACCCUGAGAACGGUCGUCAAUGUUCGAGGUGCGGAGGUGGAGCUACAGUCCUGGCUAGUGAUGUCGACAGGCUUCUCAGCCAGUAGAGACCCUCUGACGCUGAUACCAUGUGAAAACGUUGUUAUCCGUUACCCCAUACCCGAUACGUGGGCAAAGAACUUCCGCAGGGAGAGCGUGACGGGAGAAAAGUCCCUGAAGGCACGCUUUAAUAAAGGAGCCAGCUUUGGUUCCGCUAGCACCUCGGGGUCAGAACCAGCUAUGCGGGUUACUCUGGGCACGGCGAAGUACGAGCAAGCCUUCCGAGCCGUGGUGUGGAGAAUCAGCCGCCUGCCAGACAAAAACUCAGUGUUGGGUCACCCUCACACCUUCUUCUGCCGUUUGGAGCUGGGCUCUGACUGGGAGGUGCCAAACAAGUUCCAGGAUGUGUUGGAGGUGGAGUUCGACAUGCCUGCUGCUUCAGCCUCGAAGACCAGCGUCCGUUCGCUGUCUGUCCGAGACAGGGCCGAGCUGAAGAAGUGGAUCACUUACAAAGCGCAUUACUCCUACCAGGUGGAGAUGGAGCAGAAGAACGAGGGAACCGAGGGGCAGGCAGGGCGGUGCAUUCAGCAGUGAUGAGGGACAGCUUCUUCAUGGUGGUUUUUUUUUUCUUGGGGGGGUAAAAAGUUGCACUUUGAAUGACUGGAAACACUGAUGUUAAAAUAAAAAGGACGGCACGGGAUGACGUGAAAUGAGUAAGAACAUUUGUACAAUCAAGCCUUAUAUUCAGGACAACACAGUUUAUUCACAGUACUGUACAAAACUCUUGGCACUGUCCCUAUAUAGUUUUCAAGCCCAAUACUGUAGCAGGUUCUCCAUGAAGCCUGGCUCAACCUUCUAGACAAUUGUACAAUAUACAAAAAAAAUUUCACAAUGAACAAAUCAUAAUUUACUGCUUUAAUAUAUUUAAUUAACACUUGGAAAGGCUUUGUUUUAACUUUACAGGAUUUCUGCCAUCACAUUACCUUAAGGCUCCCUUAGCUGACACUGAAUGUGUUAUUCCUUAUCCAAUCAGUACACGGACAACAAUAAUCCGAUUGAAGUGCGUUACAGACAUGUACUUACCUACUAUAUAGUAGGUUGGGACGCAGCCCACGGCUUCCAGCAGUCAUCUAUUUACACAUAUCAUGACAAAUAAUUAAGUGCACUUGAAGCGCUCGUAAAGUUAAAAACGAGACACCCAAAACUGCACGUCGGUCAACAUGAGCUAUUAAUCGUUCUUCAACAUGCAACUCCUGUAAACGUACUCACCAUGUUACAGCUUUACCAGAGACUCCUUCCGGAAACGGCGAUUAAACAUGUCUUUAAAUCCAUUUACGUGUGAAUUAACCGACCUUCGAUGCGUCUAAAAUAUGUUUACGUAACUUAAAUUAAAUUUAUAGCACGAUCCGAAACGUGUUCCAAGUAAGGCUGGGCCAUACAACAAAAAGAUAUAAAUUAUGUACACAAUACUAAAAAAAAAUAAAUAAAUAUUGUGACCGUCGCCCCGUACCCGAGUGCGCUGCACAGUUUGUAAUCGUUUAGGGAAAAGGUGUUAAAGGUAAUUUAAUAAAUAAAUAUCUACUAAUUUCCACAAUGUUACAGAGACGCAUAUUGAUAUUGUUUCACGGGGGAACGUUAAUGUAAAGUGUUUCCUUACAUGCACCUCAGAUGUUUGUACAGUACUGUAUGAAUUACAGAAGAAAAAGGGAAAGAAAAAAAAAACACUAAUCCCAGUACUCACCAGUAAUGGCGCUGAUGGUUGUAUCCCAGUUUGUAGAUUACAAUACAAAGAUUCUUUGACCUUCAGCGAGGAAAUGGAGGAACUCGACUGGGGUCUGUGAGGGAGGAAAUCUAGUUAAACUUGAAUUCCAUCCCAGAUUGAGGUCAUAAUCACUAUUAGUACAGCACGUCAUUCGUUAAUAAUUUUUUUUUUUUUUUAAACAGACAAACAAACAAUGUAAUUGUUUAGAGUUGAGGGAAGGGAACGGUGGCUCCGUCUCCGAUUAUCCCCUUACAACAGCACGACGCACAGCAUUUCAUCUCAUACACGUUUAUGUUAAGCACGCAGCGUACGGCUUAAAUAAAUCCCCCCAAAGUUACUUUCAUUUCAGGACAGUUAUAAUGAAUGACUUAACGAAAUGAAAUCUUUUGUAUCCUGCAACAAGACAACCGGCCACAACAAAGCACAUAGUCUCUAAUAUCCUCCCUCAGACUAUUUUUAUUUAUUUAUUUUUAAAAAAACCCUCACACACCGGAUGCUUCCUUCAGAUCACCGCGAGUACGCAAACUUUUGCACGCAGGUGUAACGCGUGUGUGUAGAUUUGUAGAUUAGUACAAUAACGCAGAAGUCGGUACGAACGUCAUUUCUGAAAACACUGUUUGCAUUAAACACACGCGCGCGCGCGCACACACGAGAUAUUUGACUGAUCUCUUUUUUUACCCCGACGCUGAAAAGCGACAUUGAGAAAUUCAGGUCGAGCGGAUGGGGUCUUGCUGCGGCGUCGCUUUGUUGCGAGGUCAGUGCUGAUAACGGGGAGAAAAUCUACUGUAUUGUUUUAGUGUUAUAUUUGUGUCGAUGGUGCAAGUGUAUAAUGUUAAUUUUUUUUUUUUACUAACAGAACUAAAACAUUUUCAAGAUCUCUGGGAGUAUUGCACUAUUCGACGUUAUUAUUUUUUAAAUAUUAGUAGACAGUGUUGGCAGUGACGUGAGGUUUUUACAAAAAAUAAUAA